GCCCAUAGAACAGUUGGUGCCUUAACGCUAAACACAACACACCGGUGAUCGCUUAACUGACUAAAAUAACAAUAAUAACAGCAACAACAAAACAACAACCAAUAAAAAAAAGCAGUUAAACAACAAACAUUUAAAUCGUAUUUCAUUCAUUCUAGUUUACAUUUUUUGAAAAAUAAAAACAAAAACAACCAUUGCAAAAAAAUAAUAACAAAAUAACAACAUUGUUGUUGUGAUUUUAACAAGGUUUUUUUUGAAACCAUCCAAUCUAAUUUUCAAUUACGCCGAAAUAAUUUCCAACAAUUUUUUCUUGUUAGAACAAACGAUUUAUUUGUUAUCGAAGUAAUUGAAGAAAACAAAAGAAAAACCGUAGCUACGGAACAAUAAACGUAAAACAUUUCGUUCGAAAUUAAAAGCGAAAAAGUGAAAUUCCCAACGGUUUCCCUAAACAGAUCAUGCUAUUGUCCUUGACAAACAUUUUGUUACUUUUGGAGCAUAGCAAAAAAGUCUAACGGGUUUCGUUUGUCGCUGCCGCUGCUGGUGGUGGUGUUGGUGCAGCACUUGACUUUGCCUUUGAAAGUGUUGUCGGCCGUUAGCUAGCCAAUAAAUAUUAUGGCCGCCCAUGAGAACUACGAUGGACACGGUGCCUUUGCAAAUCCAGCAUAUGUACCCUCACGUCAUGCCUCGACCACAUCAAUACCUGGUGAAUAUCGUAAAUCGCUGGAUCGCGACGAGGGUACGGAAUCGGUUAAGAGUAAUGGUAGUACAAUAAAAAUUGAAGCAAACCCGGAUGCGGGAGGAUACGAUGCUAAUGGAAAUAAUCUACCCACACAAAAUGGCAGCGCAGAGUUCACCAAAGCACCCCACCGUGAUAGUUGGGGCAAUGACAUUGAAUUCCUGAUGUCCUGUAUAGCUUUAUCUGUGGGCCUUGGCAAUGUGUGGCGCUUUCCCUUUACGGCCCUGGACAAUGGCGGUGGAGCUUUUGUGAUACCCUAUAUUAUAGUGCUAUUCUUAGUUGGCAAGCCGGUGUAUUAUAUGGAAAUGCUGUUGGGGCAAUUUUCGAGCCGGGGGAGUGUCAAGGUGUUUGAUUUUGCUCCCAUAAUGAGAGGUGUGGGUUAUGGUCAAGUCUUUGCCACUGGAAUUGUUACCACCUAUUAUGCCACGCUCAUGGCCAUAACAUUGCGUUACUUCAUCGAUUCAUUUUAUCCCGUAUUGCCAUGGACUUAUUGUAGGGAAGAAUGGGGUAGCAGCUGCUUUGAUUCCAAACCCCUGUCGAAUGAUUUUAUCAUCAACAUGACCAUGUCGAAUGAGGCGAAAACCUCUUCGGCGGAGUUUUAUUUUAUUAAUGUAAUUUUACGCCAAAAGAAUACCAUAGACGAUGGCAUCGGCUAUCCCAGUUGGAGUCUGGCCCUGACCUUAGCUUUCGCAUGGUUUGUCAUAGCUUCGAUUAUCAUCAAAGGUGUAAGAAGUUCGGGAAAAGCGUCGUAUUUCUUAGCUGUAUUUCCGUAUUGUAUUAUGGCAGUGUUGCUGGUACGAUCCCUGACACUGCCGGGAGCUUUCGAUGGAGUUUUGUAUUUCCUAAAACCCCAGUGGGAUAAAUUGUUGGAUCCCAAAGUUUGGUAUGCUGCCGUCACCCAAGUGUUCUUUUCAUUGGCCAUUUGUUUUGGCAAUAUCAUUAUGUAUGCUUCAUUUAAUCGGUUCGGACAUAAUAUUAGGAGAGACUGUAAUAUUAUAACCACCCUGGACACCUUCACCUCAAUGCUGUCGGGUAUUAUAAUUUUUGGAAUAUUGGGAAAUUUGGCCCAUGAAUCGGGCACAACGGACAUAAAAAGUGUGGUGCAGGGAGGACCAGGCUUGGCCUUCAUUUCAUAUCCCGAUGCAAUAGCAAAAUUCAAAGUUGUUCCUCAGAUAUUUUCAGUAUUAUUUUUCUUGAUGUUGUUUGUGCUGGGCAUUGGCAGUAAUGUCGGCAUGGCUUCGUGUGUUGUGACGGUGAUCAAGGAUCGUUUUACCAAUGCCAAAAAUUGGAUAAUUGUAAUGGGCGUAGCGGUGGUACUUUAUGCCUGCGGCCUAUUGUACAUAACUCCCGGCGGGCAAUAUAUUUUGAAUCUUUUAGAUUUUUUUGGAGCCUCGUUUGUGGCCCUUGUGUUGGCGAUAUUUGAGUUGAUAGCCGUUGGAUGGAUCUAUGGCGUUAAAAGGCUUUGCAAAGAUAUCUAUUUUAUGUUAGGAAUUAAGACCUCUUGGUAUUAUCGCAUUUGCUGGAGCAUUGUGACGCCCGCAGUUAUGACAGCCAUUUUACUCUACACUCUGGUGGAAUACAAACCACUGGAAUAUAAUGGUUAUACUUACCAGCCUGGGGUUUACAUUUUCGGUUGGUGUCUAUCCGCCUUUGGCAUAGGUCAAUUACUCUUUUGGGCUAUUUAUGGUGUCCAUAAGCGAACCGGUGCUACGUUGUGGGAACGUGUAAAGAAUUCCUUCAAACCCAAAUCAAAUUGGGGCCCCUUGGAUCCAUUUAUAUUAAAGAAUUAUAAAAAAUAUUUAGAUGACAUGAAAGUCGAUGAAAUGUUUAGACCAAAUGGUUUUUGGUAUAGAAUUUAUGAUAAUAUUUUUGGUUAGAAAUAAAAGAAAACGAUUUUUGUACUAAGUAAA